CACAACUGUGAUGACAUAAACAACUUGCAAAAAAAAAAGCUUAUCGUUUAGGGAAUCAAUUUCAAGUAGCUCAUGAAAACCAUUGAUGCUUCAUCUACAUGUAGCUGGAAUAUGCCUAAGAAAAUAACACCCUUUUCACACAAGCAUCAAUUACGGAGCAACAAUUAUCUUACAACAUACAUCACACGGUCACACUCACCUAUAUUGCUGAGAAUCAUCACUAUUUUGUGUAUCAGGAUUACCAUAAAAUCAGAUUUAUAUACGUUCUAGAUAAGAUGGGAUGUAUUACUUUAGUUUUAUUAUUCUAGCUACCGUGGAAACUAAUACAACAAAGUGCUUGUUCUUUUAGCUUUACGUAGAGAUGGAUUCUAGUGGCAGCUCUCUCCCUUUGUCCCAUUAUUCCACACAAACUUCUGGGGAGUCUUCGUCCAGCCAGGGUUCCAAGAGAGAAAUAUGCUACUCAUUUCCAACUUUCAACAAUCUCCCAAAUAAUGGAGAGAAAGGAUUAGUUCCUAUCAAGACACCUGAAAUAUCCCUGGAAAAAUGUGUGAGUGAGAAGCAAGAAAUUAAAAACUCGUGCCUUCCUAAGCAGCAGGUGGUGAAGAAUAGAACAAAGAAGAAUGAAAAGAAAUGCAAAUUGGCCACAUUUAAAACUACUAGGUUGCUGAUAUACGCUUUAUAUUGGUUUUUUCUUUUUACUGCUUUUGGCUCCACCCUGAGCAUUAAUAGACAUUUAUGUGGUUGGGUUUGAACUUAUGUGGUACAUUGCUUUAUUACAAUAAAGUAUGUGAGGUUAGAUUUUGGUAGAUUCAACUACAUUUGAAAUCAUAAACUGUAAUUACACUA